CCAAAACCUCAACCCAAAAACCAUCUGGGAUAUGAUAAGACGCUGAAAGGGAUUAACAGAGGGCAUCGAGGACCAUUUGAAGGCUAUGGCAAAGGGGUUCUCGAGCAAGCAACACCAUUCUUCUUCACCAACUUUCCUGAGGAUUGGCCGAUCAACGAAAUGUGGCAUGCAUUUAUUAAGUGUGGAAGAGCGAUUCAGGUGUAUGUUGCAACCAAAAGGGACAAAUCAGGACGCAGAUUUGGUUUUGUCCGAUUCCUGGACGUGAAGAACUACAGAGCUAUGGAGGAGAAAUUGAAUCAGAUCAAGGUGGGCCAACACACAAUAAAGGCAAAUCUGGCAAGAUUUUCAAAAGAUGAAAAGCAGAGGAGGAAUUACCCUCCAACUCAUUCUAACGCAGGAGCUAAACGACAAUCAGCCACUUACGCAGAGGUGUUAAAGAAUGGAACGGGGAAGCAAGCAGGACAAACAAGAGUAGGCCAAAAUGUCAAGCCAACUUGGCAAGCAAAGGGAAAAAGUCCAAGCCCAGACUUAAAGCAGGAAGAAUGGCACAGUCUGGAGGUUCAACCGAACGAAGAAGCUAAGGAAUGGCUAUCUAAUUGCUAUGUGGGGAAAGCAAAAUGCCCUGAGAUUAUUUGUACUCUACAGGACAAAUUUUUAAUGGAAGGAUAUUUUUCAGCUUCUCUAACUCCUAUGGGAGGCAAUUUGGUCCUGUUAUCUAGCAGUGAUGCUGCAGAACUGAAAAACCUUGUCGAACAUGGGAAGGACUGGCUUGCACAAUGGUUUUCUGAGGUGAAACCAUGGAACCCAUCAGAUGUAGCUACCGAGAGAUUUACUUGGCUGAGAUGCCAAGGGGUGCCACAGCAUAUAUGGAAGAGCAGUUUCUUCGAAACGGUUGCUUACUUAUUCGGGAAGUUUGUUUCAUUAGAUGGUAGUACAAUAAAGAGGAAGCGACUGGAUGUAGCAAAAAUCCUUAUUUUGACUCCAAUGCAGGAAAAUAUCCAAAGGGUUCUGAGAGUCAAAGUCAAGCAGUCCAUUUAUAGUAUCCAGAUUACUGAGGAACUGGGAAUUGAUAAUCUGUUCUCUUUAAAAUCAGAUUUUGCUCUAUGUAGAGAUGGAGCCUCAUUUUCAGAAGAAUGGUCAGACAACAUAAGCGGAGGGUCAUAUGAGGAUUCAAUGGAAGAUGGAGAAUGGAGGAUGUUGGAGGAUGGGGAUGACAUGAUGACAGCAUUGGACACAGUGCAGCCGAAGUCGGAGGAGCUUGAAAUGGCACCACUGUCAGAGGAAGACGUGGAACGGGUCUCUAAAACAAGGGAGGUGCAUGAGAGUGCAUUAAAUGAAGGAGCGCAAAAUUCAAACAAUAUGGCAACGGGUGACAAGGCUAGGGGGACUACCAGAGAGGAAGUCUUGGAGAAAGAAUCUAAGCUUGAGGUAUGUGAUGAAAGAGUUCUGAAAGCUAUAUGGGGUGGUGAUAAUUUCAAAUGGGUAGCAAAACCAGCCCAAGGGAGAUCUGGAGGUAUCAUUUGCAUAUGGUGUCCAGGUAUGUUUGAAGUAAAUAAAGAAUUGUCAGGAAUAAGUUUCUGUGGUGUGUUUGGGUUUUGGGGGAGGGAAAAAAUUCCUUGUUAUUUCAUAAAUGUGUAUGCUCCAUGUGAUAACCAAGGCAAACGUGUUCUGUGGAGAGAAUUGAUAGAUUUAAUGACAAUAUGUGGAGAAGGAAAUUGGUGCAUUGCUGGUGACUUUAAUGCAAUUCGAAGUAGAGAGGAAAAGAAAGGAAGAUGUUUUGAUGAGGGUGCAAUGAGGGAGUUCAGUAACUUUAUAUGUGAAACAGGGCUUGAAGAUAUGCCAUUGAUAGGAAGAAAGUUUACCUGGUACAAGGUAGAUGGCACAGCUAUGAGUAGACUUGACAGGUUCCUGGUGUCAACAGACUUCUUGAUUAAUUUCCCAGAGCUUACUCAAAAAGGCCUUAUGAGAGAUCUUUCGGAUCACAGUCCAAUUAUGUUAGUAAAUUCCUCCAAGGACUGGGGUCCUAGACCUUUCCGAAGCCUAGAUUGCUGGAUGGAACACAAAGAGUUUAAGGCAUUCAUCCAGGAGAAGUGGAACAACUACAGUAUUAAUGGAUGGGGUGGGUUCAGAUUAAAAGAGAAAUUGAAAAGGUUGAAGAAUGAUCUCAAGAAGUGGAACAGGGAGGUGUUUGGACAUGUUGAUAAAAAAAUUGAAGAGGCCCUAAUUAAGAUUAAGAGAUUGGAUGAGAAAGUGGACUCAAGGGACUUAACAAAAAUUGAAAUAGAAAAGAGAAAGGCUUGUUUUCAGGAAGUUUGGGAAUGGAGCAGAGCUCGAGAUAGUAUAUUGUUUCAAAAGUCAAGACAGAAAUGGCUACAAGAAGGAGAUGCUAACAGCAAGUACUUCCAUGGUUGCAUCAUUCGAAGGAGGAAGCUGAAUGGCUUAAAUGGAAUCAGAAAGAACAACGAAUGGAUUAAGGACAUCCCUGAGGUAAAAGGCUUCAUCAAGGAGUAUUUUGAGAGAAAGUUCGAUGAGGAGGAAUGGGAUAGACCAGAUAUAGAAUUGAAGAAUCUCAACCAGUUAUGUAUAGAGGAAAACAACAGUUUGAUCUCAGAAUUUUCGGAAGAAGAAAUCUAUGAGGCGAUUCAAUGCUGCAAUGGGAAUAAAAGCCCAGGUUCAGAUGGUUUUAAUUUUGCAUUCAUCAAGAAUAUGUGGCCAAUCCUAAAAGAAGACAUUGUUGCCUUCGCCAAAGAGUUUUGGGCGAAUGGAAAACUUGUAAAGGGAAGUAACGCAUCCUUCAUCGUACUAAUUACGAAAAAGGAGAAUCCUCAAGGACUUGGAGAAUUCAAGCCCAUCUCCCUCAUUGGGUGUAUGUACAAGAUUAUCUCCAAGAUUUUGGCUAAUAGGUUGAGCAAAGUGUUGCCAUCAAUCAUAAAUUUGAACCAAUCUGCAUUCAUUGGAGGAAGACAAAUUGCUGAUGGGAUUGUGGUUGCAAAUGAAGUGAUCCAUGAGGCAAAAAGGCGAAAAAGAUCGACCCUGAUAUUCAAAGCUGAUUUUGAAAAAGCAUAUGAUAGUGUUAAUUGGGAAUUUUUGAAUAGAAUGAUGGAAAAGUUUGGUUUCUGCAGAAAAUGGAGGAUGUGGAUUAGAGAAUGUUUAUCUACUGCAACUGUUUCAGUGUUAGUGAAUGGCAGCCCCACAAAAGAGUUUCACAUGAAGAAGGGACUACGACAAGGUGAUCCUCUAGCCCCAUUCUUAUUUUUGCUUGUCGCUGAAGCCUUGAAUGGGUUAAUUCUUAAAGCAAAGGAGGAGAAUCUAUACAAAGGUGCAGUGGUGGGUGCAGAAAAGAUGGAGAUUACUCACCUCCAGUUUGCGGAUGACUCAAUUUUCUUUUGUGAAGCAUUGGAACAAAAUGUCCAAACUAUCAAGUGUGUGUUGCGAUGCUUCGAGUUAAUAUCAGGCCUCAAGGUGAAUUAUUUCAAAAGUGCACUGUAUGGAAUUAGUGUGGAGACUCAAAAGGUCAAUGAAUGGGCUGAAAAACUGAAUUGUGUAGGAGGUGUGAUGCCAUUUAAGUAUCUGGGAAUCCCAGUGGGCGCUAACCCGAGGAGGAUAUCAACUUGGAUGCUUGUUGUUGAUUGCUUAAGAAGGAAAUUGUCAAGCUGGAAAUGUGAAUCGCUGUCCUUUGGUGGAAGAAUUAUCCUCUUGAAUGCUGUCCUAUCAAGUAUCCCAGUUUAUUUCUUCUCAACCCUAAGAGCCCCUAAAAAGGUUUUAAAACUUCUUUCUUUAAUCCAAAGGAGAUUUAUGUGGGGAGGUGCUGAAGACAAGAGAACAAUAGCUUGGGUUAGGUGGGACCAAGUUUGUAAAAGUAGGAAAAUGGGAGGGCUAGGUGUCAAGGACCUCAAUAGUUUCAACUUGGCAUUGCUAGGUAAAUGGCGUUGGAGACUACUAUGGGAGAGGGACGCUUUAUGGAAUAGGGUAGUGGAAGCCAAGUAUCAAGUACAUAAAAAAAGAGAUUAUGAGGGUGAGGAUGUGAAAGCAAGUAGUUCCGAGUGGUGGAAGGCAAUAUGGAGAUUAGAUAGGGAGAUAGUGUCUAAAGAAGGAUGGAUACAAACGGGUCUUGAAAAGGUCUUAGGGGAAGGCAAUGACACUUCAUUUUGCUCCCCUAAGCCACCGAUUAUCCCCUUUGAGAAAAAUUGGUAACAAAACUUGAAAUUUCUUCUUCUUUUCUUGUUAAAUAACAAGAUUUGGGGCUUAGAACUCUCAUUAAACCCAGAAUUUUCCCAGAUCUGCUCGGUGUCUCUUCCUCCCCUGUCCGUCGGGUUCUGCUAGGUGUGAAUCCUUCGCCUUUUCUGGUAAGCCACAGCCAUGAAAUUCAUUCUUUCUCUCUUCAUUUGGCUUGGGUUACUCUAAUUUUGUUAUUGGUUCUUGAAUUUCUGGAGUUUGUCGUGAGUUCCCCCCAAGAUCCCGUCGGCUUCCUCACCAGCCAAGCUCGGUUUCUGCUGGCUGGAAUUCUGACCCGCGUGUUUCUGCUUCUCUUCUUCUUCUCCCGACAAGCCCCCCCGAGUUGUCGAUAGUUCCCCUUGAGAAACUCGGGAAAAGCUUGAAAUUUCUCCUUCUUUCUUGUUCAACCACAAAAUUUGGGGCUUAGAAUUCUCUCUCUCAACCCAGAAAAAAAUCCCGGAUCUGCUCUGCUCUUUCUCCCCUGUCCGUCGGUUUUGCUGGGUGCAAAUUUCUAGGCUUUUUCGGGUAAGCCACAGCCAUGAAAUUCAUCCUCUCUCUCUUAAUUUGGCUUGGGUUACUCUAAUUUUGUUGUUGGUUCUUGAAUUUCUGGAGUUUUGCCGUUCUUGAUCGUUCUGUCAAUUUAGCAUUGAGAUCGAGUCUUUGGUUUUAAGCGAGUGAGGAAGCGAAACCGAGGAUGGGGAAACGAGGGGUGUGACGAGGUAGAAGGCUAGCCAUUCUAAUUGGAUAUAAGCUUUAGAUUUUAUCAUCAUUUUGUAAAGUAGAUUUAUUCUUGAGAUUUUGUGAUUUGAAUAAGUUCCGAGCCUUGUGCACUUGUGGGACCCGUCUCAUGAGUGCACGGCAUUUGCCACGUCCUCAGAAUUGGGUUUUGGGGCGUGAUAGUUUUGAACCCCUAUAUUUAUCACU